CUCUGCGGGGCUUCCAAUGCCCCAAUGCUAGUACUUCCGGACCCAUUCGGUACCCUUUCCGGCCAAUCACAUGACAAAGUGAGAUUCUGGAGCGUGUGACGUGGGUCGGAGUGUUUUUCCGUGAAGCCCGUUAGAGUGGAGAGGAAAAAAAGUUGAAGGAAUCAUACGAUUUUGCCUCAAGGUUACUCGCGUCUUUCCCACUCGCAGAUGAUAAAGAUUCAGUAACAAAUAAACUCUUGUAUAGAAUCAGGUGAAAAUACUCAGACCGAACGCAAUAAGUCUUAAGAAAUAAAAUAUUCUUUAUGAGAUCAUUUGUAAUGCGAUAAAAAAGAUAAUAGUGAAGUUUUUAGAGGAAAAACAUCUUGUGAGGCUUCCCACAAAAAUGUUUUAUUUUGAAACAGAAAUUAUUCACUCAACAUUCUAUUCUACUGAAUUUUAAAAAUAAAUUUGAAUAUUCUGUGUCUUUUUGAAGUUGUUUGGUGAUAGUGUGAGCUUUUGGUCGUAAAAACUUAGACUGAAAAUGGCAUCGACUUCGACACGUCCAGAGCCAUCCGCCCCACCAGCAGAAGAUGAACCCUCGGCGUCAACAUCUCAGCCCAGCACCAGUACUCCCGGAGAUGGGACUGAAGAGGAAAAGAAUGCAGCUGGAGCCUUUGAGUGCAAUAUCUGCCUGGACACUGCCAAAGAUGCCGUGGUGAGCAUGUGUGGCCAUUUAUUCUGCUGGCCAUGUCUGCAUCAGUGGCUGGAGACACGGCCGACACGUCAGCUGUGUCCCGUGUGCAAGGCAGCCAUUAGCCAGGAGAAGGUGAUUCCACUGUAUGGGCGCAGUAGCGAGCAGAAGGAUCCCCGCACCAAAGUUCCACCGCGUCCAGCUGGUCAGCGUACAGAGCCUGAACAGCAGCCGGGCUUUCAGGGAUUUGGCUUUGGUGAUGGUGGUUUUCACAUGUCAUUCGGCAUUGGCGCCUUUCCCUUCGGCUUCUUCACAUCCUCCUUCAACUUUGGCGAUCCUAGGCCAAGUGCUGCUCCACGGGGAACAAUGCAGUUUGAGGAGGAACAAUUUCUAUCAAAAGUAUUCCUCUGGGUGGCAAUUUUGUUCCUCGCGUGGCUCCUCUUGGCGUAGCAUCUCGAUGCUUAGUUAAAAGAGGAAAGAGAAGAUGAUGUGAAGGAGGAGGAGAAGCCAACGAUAAAAUGAGAAUUUGCGUAUCCUAUUUUUGCAUAAUAUUCUAGAGAGAGCUGCCUGUGUCACCUCAGUAAAAGGGACAAACAAAAAUAUCACCUUUAAUUAUCCCCAAGAGAGAAGAAUCCUCAUAAAUUAUCCUCAAAUGGGGGAGAGCUUAAGAAGUUCAAAAAAAAAAAGAGACAGGUGACAAAGUUAAGCUUUAUAUCACAUCCUUUUCCUCCAGCAAUUAACUUUUUGGGACAAAAGAAAAUGUUUUGUAAAAGAGCCAGAGGGGAUUAAUCGAAGAAAAAAAAAAAGGAGGAAGAAAAUCUACUAGUCACAUCGGAGACAAAUUGACGAAGAGUUUUUUUUCUUUUCUUGUUGUUAAUCAAAAAAAAGGGGCGAAAUCGCGAGUGAGACAACUUUAUCACAUGUUUUUCUUUUAUUAUUCCGAUUAGUGUGCGUGAAGAGAUAGAGGAUGUUAAUUGUGUCAAAACAGUGUGCAUGUCGAAAGGCGAUAAAAAAAAAGAAGAAUAAAAAACUAUAAAUGAAUUUGCAGCAAAACCCGAAGAAAUAAAAAUAGGAAAUUAGGAAAAAAAAUAGAUUCAAUUGCAAAAGACACAUUUAAAGUGGUUUGCAUUCCAAGAAAUUGAGAAACAAUUUUGUUUUCAACAUUAUCCUCUUUUCCGGACGCUUUUUUUCAUUGUUCGGUUGAUAAGAAUUUUAUUGCUUUAGAGAGAGAAUCAAGAAAGUUAAUAAAAAGUGAAAUAGCGUUGUUUUUUAGAUGUGAGAAUAUGAAGAAACAAAGCUAUCAAUCUUGUACAUUUUAUUAAUUAUUGUAAUUAUUUUAUUUGAAACUUACUUGUAUAGUUAUUGGAAAUAAAUUAACAUUUAUAAGGGUACAAUUUA